UCGCCGGACACUCAUAGCGACAAUGCUAGCGGAAAAGAAAAUGGGAGUCAAUACCCCCUCGAUGCGCUCGACAAGCUAGAAAUCCUCCCUCAUAUGCUUCAAGAGGGUAUUCUCUUCGCCGGGUCGGGGUCCGCACUGCUCCUUCAAGCCGCUUUGCCAAACAUCCGCAGCGACAACGAACAGCACCAUAACAACUUAGCGAAUGAACUCGGUGAUGCUUUACAGGCGAUUCUGGGCUACAUCGCGUGUCUGGUCUUCGGUACACGAGACGAAAAGCGCAUCUUGCUCGACCUCCUCGCGCGACGGCAACCCCCGCUCAAAGGAAGCGAAUACUACACGCGCAGACCAGACGUGCAUCUCUGGAUCGCAGCAACACUCUACGCAACCGCGACAGAUUUCUACCAGCGCAUCUACGGCCGCGUCAACUUGAAAACCGCCGAAAAUGCCUACGGAGAGUACUCGCUGCUCUGCCAUGUGCUAGGCAUUCCCCGCGGCACGUGGCCGGAGAACCGCGAGGCUUUUUGGAAGUACUGGGACGAGCACAUUGAGACGCUGCAGGUGACAGACCAUGCGAAUGAGUUCGCCAAGGAUCUCAUGUACCGCACCGAAUUCCCCCGGUGGGUGCAGACGCUCAAGCCGUUUUUGCGGGUCGUUACGAUUGAGAUGCUCCCACCGAGGAUCCGCGAGCAGUAUGGGUUAGAAUCAACUAUGGGGUCGAGGGGGUUGUAUCGGUUUACGAUGGGGUUUUCGGUAGCUGUUUAUCCCGCAUUGCUUAAGUCGGUGAGGGGGUAUCCGGUGCAGUAUUAUUUGAAGGAAUUGAGAAAACAUCUAAAUGUCGUUUGA